CCCGGACAUGGCUAGCUGACAACACUGAUGAUAGUUUUAUGUUCUAUGUUAUAUUAGUUCUAAAGUCAUGUAGGCCGAAAGUCCACUGUGAAACAGUCGACGAUAGUCAAUAUUCGAUAAAACAAAUGAAAUGCAUUCAUUGGAUUGGCAUUGUUGAUGUUUAUUAUUAGUAUUAGUUAAUUCGAAGUUCAAAGUUUGAAAUUGAAAUUACAAGGUAUUCCACAUAAUACUUAACAAUAUAUUGCCUUUAGAUUUUAGAAUAAAAUAAUGGAAAAUGUUUUUCAUUGAAGACAUCAAGGAGAAUGACCCUUCAAAUGAACUGUAUAUGCAGAAUCUGAAGAAAUGGAAAAGACAAUUCCACCAAACAAAGGAUUCCAAAGUCUUGACUGACUGUAUCAUCAAGUUCAUUGAAUAUGUUAUAAAUUACACAUCUGGAAUAAGUUGUCACAGUCAAAUAUCCAUAUGCCGCAGUAGCUUUGCAUUAUUUCAGGAGCUAGUUGAUGAUAAUUUUGUUGAUAAUUUUGUGAGAUAUGUUACACAGAUGAUAUUUGAUAUCAUUAUAGAGGAAGGCAAGAAUACCUGGUGCAUCAAAAAGGAAAUAUUGAAGUCAUUCAAUUACUGUAUUAGAAAUGCAAGCAAAGCUAUCAGAUAUAAAACUGUCAGUGAGUUAUCUGAUAUUUAUCUUUUCAAAAUUAUUGAUAGUAUCAGUUCUUAUGGAGACUAUGAUUUACAAGUGGUGGUUAUUGAAACUAUUUUCCGGAUGUAUGGAAGAGCUACUAUAAAUGCCAGACUGAAAGAUCUCAUUCCUGAGUCGCAAGAACUCAGUCAGAGCUUUGCGGAAAUAAAUCCCGAAAGGUUUGACGAAGACGUUCGGCUCUUCUUGAACAAUCUGAACAAAAUAUCUGGGAAGAUAUUUUCGAUUGUAUGUGAUAAAGUUAAACUUGGAGAUGUGAUUUGUAUUCCACCGACAGACUCUAUUGAUGGGAUUUGGGUUGAUUUCAAUACCUGGGACAGUGCAAUCACUUGGUAUUGCAUUAAAUCUUCAUUCAAUGAGAAUAACAGUGAUAGUGACGAUGUUUGGAACUUGAUAACAUUAUUCAUAUCAGAUGUGGAAACCGCUUCUAUUCACAGUUCUGCGGAUAAAUCUAGUACAAUAAUUCACUGCAAUUUGAAAUCGCCAUGUCUGAGUAGUUUUGAAGAUAACCAGGCCAUUAUAGACAAGGCGAAAAAUCUGAGUUUACUCUUGAACAGCUCUACACAAACAGAUAAACUCAUCGAUGAUAUUCUUCCUGCUCUAUUUGGGAAAAAAUUGCAGCGACCCUUGGAGACAAGGACCAACAACAGCAUUAAAAAAGUGUCCACAAGUGCAAAGUUGGAAUAUAAAGCAUUGAACAUAACUGUGAAGAAAAAAUCAAAACCUGUCCUUUCUGGUAGCAAGUUGAAUGUCUCAACAUCAACUUCAUGCUGGGACCCAGUAUCCAUAAAAUCAAUGAAGAGUGACGAAACUUUAUCACGAUCUCUCGAUAAUAGCAAAAAACUUUCCAUAUCAUCGCCUAGCUCCAGAGCAAUAACUAUAGGCAGCUCGGAAACAUCUCUGUCCGAUGAAAACGAACUUUUGGAACCCGAAAACGAAUUCCAAACAAUCCCGCAUAUUCAGAUAUUGUCAGGCAGAUGCACUGGGUCCUCUAGAAGUAGGAUCUUUGAUACUCCUAAGAAAAAGAUUUCGACAAGCAUCACUUCAAUUCAGCAAAAGCAAGAAGAAAAACAAACAGGUAACGCUGAAGCAAAACAAAAAGUAUCAAGAUACGAAGAUGAGAAAAUAUCAUCCGAAAUAUAUGAAACUGCUCAAGAUAAUGGAUCAUCAAUUGAAAGUUACCAAACAGCGGAUUUUGACAGUCAGAAAACAUAUUUACUAGACUCAACAAGAAAUGAACAGAAUAUCAGCAGGAAAAAUGGCCAAGGGCACAUGCCUGAGUUGACAGAAGAUUUUAGUUCUCUAGAAGUGAAUAUUUUCCAAAACAUUCCACACGCAAAAAAAGUUAGCUGUAAAUCUGACAUAACAUCUUCGAGGAAUAUUGAGGAAAAAUUUCAACAGGGUAUUGGUAAGGAAAAUAUGGAGUCGGGCAUAACUUGUGAGGUUAUGUCGCCUGGUUUUGAGGAAAGACUUAUUCUUACAGGCGAUAUAUUAUUAGACAAACCUACUAAAAUAUCAAGUCAGUCUUCAGAAAUCAAACCAAAAUUUAACAAAAGGAAAGAAAGAAUAUACUCAUCAGAUUCGAAUGAAUGUGAUUCCAUGAAAGUUAACAUAUUCAGAGAUAUCGAAAAUAUAGAUAAAAAAAGACAUAGCGAUGUUAAUGUUCUCAUCGAAGAGAAUUUAAUUUCGCAGGUUGUGAAAAUUCUACCAUUAAAAAAAUCAAAUGAGCAAGAAGCAAUUCAACAAUCAGAUAUAAAAUCAUUAUCUGAAAAAAAUAUUCGACCACAUCUUGAUGUGAGGACAGACAAUAGACGGGAAAAAAGUGAGAAAAGAAAUAAAAUCAGUUCAGCUUUGGCGAAUGAGGAUAUCGAUCCAUGUAAAGAAAAGUCAAAAAUAACUAGUACAAAUAUUUUUGAAACACAUGUGGGCAUGGAUCCUCCAUUAAGCUCAGCCGAUAAAGAUGUUGAAAAAAUGAUUAUGUUAGUUAGAGAAGAUAAUAUUGAGAACAUUCAAUAUGGAAGAAAACAAAGAAAGCCUAAGAAGAUCGUGGUAAAGAAAAAUCGAAAAACUAAGAUGAAGAAAAAUCAAAAGACUGUGACGAAGAAAAAUCAAAAGACUGUGACGAAGAAAAAUCAAAAGACUGCGAUGAAGGAAAAAGUAAAGACUGUGAUGAAGGAAGGGCAAAACACUGUGAUGAAGGAAGAACAAAAGAAUGUGAAUAAGGAAGAACAAAAGAAUGUGAUGAAGGAAAAACAAAAUACUGUGAUGAAGGAAAAACUAAAGACUGUGAUGAAGGAAGAACAGAAGACUGUGAUUGAGGAAGAACAAAAGAAUGUGAAUAAGGAAGAACAAAAGAAUGUGAUGAAGGAAAAACAAAAGACUGUGAUGAGAAAAAAUCAAGAUACUCAUGAAAAAUCAGAGAUGAACUAUAGCAAAGACAUUGCUGAACAACAUUUCAAUUAUGUUUCUGCCGUUGAAAGAAACCUAGAAAUGAAACCAAUUAUGGAUGAGAAUUUACCUCUCAGUAGUUAUACAAAUAUAAAUCAUGAUAGAAUAAGUGAUGUGGUUCAAGAAGGUAUCACAAAAAAUAAAAAGCGUAGAGGUAGACCAAAAAAGAUUAUCUUAGAGGAAAAAGAAGAAACAGAUACAUAUCUUGAUAGUGAAAUACCUGAAGUCAUUGAACUUAAUGUAGUUAAUGAAGAAGCAGAAAAUAUAAAUCACAAAGAUGAAUACCUUAAUGCAGUUAAUGAAGAAGCAGAAGAUAUAGACCACAAAGAUAAAGACCCAAGGUCAAUAGAAAAUAAUAUUUCUACUAGAGAAUCAGACAAAGAUCACUCCAAGUCUGCUGCACACAAUGAAGAAUGCACAAUGAUCAGUAAAUCUGUUGAACAAGAAGGGUCUGAAGUGGUUCAAGAAGGUAUCACAAAAAAUAAAAAGCGUAGAGGUAGACCAAAAAAGAUUAUCUCAAAGGAAAAAGAAGAAACAGAUACAUGUCCUAAUAACGAAAUACCUGAAGUCAUUGAACUUAAUGUAGUUAAUGAAGAAGUAGAAAAUAUAAAUCACAAAGAUAAAGACCCAAGGUUAAAAGAAAAUAAUAUUUCUACUAGAGAAUCAGACAAAGAUCACUCCACCAAGUCUGCUGCACACAAUGAAUGCAUAAUGAUCAGUAAAUCUGUUGAACAAGAAGGGUCUGAGAGCAGACAAAUAACUAGAUCGGCGAUAGUAAAAAAAUAUAAGAAAUUACCCAAAGAUUCGGUCGAAAAUCUUGUGGGUACUGUUUUAUCCCCAACAGAUGAAGACACUAACAAAGAGAGCAUCAAGACUAUAGAAGAUGAAGUGAUUACAGAAAAUAGAUUAAGCAGUACUAAAUUGAAAGAGUCAGCGUCAAAAAUUACUGCAAUUGUCGAAAAUUCAACUUCUGAUGAAGAAAUAAUUAAAACAUCCUUAGAGCAAGAUACAGAAGACAACACAAGAAGGAUUGAACGGAGGAAAACCUUGAAAGAUACUUCAUUUAAGAAGUCUUGUGAACAACCAAAGAUCCAUGUUACUAAGCAUACUGCAGAUGAAAUGGAAUCGGAUAAAAAAGACAACAAAACUGCAGUUAGAGAGGAGCUCGAGAAAGAUACGACUCGUAGUGAAGCAAUCAAAGGUUACUCCAAGUCAGUUACAGAAGAUGAAACAUACAUAAAGGAAAGUACAUCUGCUGAACCAGUUGAUGAAGGUGGGACUGAGAAGAGACAAAAAACUGGAUCACCGUUGAUGAAGAAAGCUAGCUCCUCAUCAUUAGUUGAUGAAGAGAUUGACAAAAAGAAAAUGGACAAGGAAAUUGAAAAGCAAAAAAAAUAUCUGAAGAAGAAAGCUCAUGAAGAACUGGAGAUCGAUCAUAUUGAAUGCACAGCAGAUGAUAAAUCAGGAGAUAAAAACUACAACAGUACGAAUGGAAGAGACAUCGAAAUAAGGCCACUUGUGGGGAAAGAAUUGACUCACAGUAUUGAAAUAGGCAUUGAAGACACUAUGCCUGUAUCAGAAAAUGAGGUGAACACAAAAAAGUACGAUAACAAAGAAGAUGGAAAUACCAAGGCGGCAAUUCAAAGUGAAAGGAAACUUGCGCUUGAAGAUUAUAUCGAAAGGCCGACAACUGCUGUAUUGAAGGAAAUUGAAGCAUCAUAUGAAGAAGAAAAUAUUACUGAACAAAACAACAAAGAAAUUAAUGAGGAAAAUGAGAAAAUUCUUGUGGUGAAAGUGCAAAGAAUGGGUAAUACCAUAAAUAAUAAAGAUACUGAAAAUGAUACUCCAGGAUAUGCAAUAUCUAAUCAUCCUAUCAAGAAUGCCGAAGAAAAUGAUGUAACGAAAAUGAAUGAAUCAUCCCCUCAAGACGAGAAUCUGGAUGAUGACAACGAAGGAGACUAUAGCGGGAACAUUCAUACAGAAAGUGGUCCACAAAUACCGAGAGUGACAAUCGAUCCGGAACUGGCUUUUGAUACACUUUUCGGUAAAAGAGAGAGAAAAAAUGUAACAAAAAAAAUUGUAUCUUGUGAAACAGUCAAAGAAGUUACGGAUAACUUGAAUGUGGAAAACAUUGUUGAACAUGCUGAUAAUUCUGAAACGGCAACCGAAGAGCAAAUCGAAUCUGAAACAGAAUUUCAACAACUUUUUGAUCAAAAGAAUGCUGAUACAGCACCCAAGCAAAUAAAAGAAAGCAAUGCAGUGCCAGAUGUUGCAUCUUGUGAUGGCACUGGGAAAGUAAAAGGAGCUACUGUUAACUUAAAUUUGAUACAGAUGGAAAAAAAUAUUGAAUCUGAGUAUUUUAACAAUCUAGAAACGACAUCUAAAGAGCAUGCUAAAUAUAAAGAAGUAUCUCAAAAAAAAGCUGAAGGUAAAUCAACCAAAAUUAAAAACAAAGAUUUAACGAGAGAUGAUAUUGUAUUAUAUCAAGAUGCGAUGGUUACAGAUACAGAAAUUCCCGAUUCGAUGAAAAUUAAUAAAAUUGAUGAUCAUUUUGUGGAGACUUCACGACAUAAUAAAAACGAUAAAUUGGUCAAGAUACCCGGUGAAAAGAAAGUGAAAUUUGAUCCGACUGUAGGCGAAAUACCUACUAACCUCACUGAUAGUAUUGAUACAAAUCAAUCCAUAUCCACCACCCUGAGCGUACGAAGAAGACGGAAAUUGUACAACCCAGAUGAUAUUACUCAUUUGGAAAAUGUAUCUUCAAUACAAAAUGAAAGUUUGCAACAGAAAGAAAAGGAAAAAAUAUCUAGUAUUGAUAGUAUGAAGCCUGUAAGUUUGCAACACAAAGAAAAGGAAGAAAUAUCUAGUAUUAAUAGUAUGGAGCCUGUAAGUUUGCAACACAAAGAAAAAGAAGAAAUAUGUAGUAUUGAUAGUAAGAAACCUGUAUUGAAAGACUUGUUCAAAAAACCCGUUGAAGCUGUUAACAUCAACCAAUCAUUGGAUCAGUCAAUUGUUAGCAAGAGAAAUUUGAAAACAGAAUUUCCUCAAAAAAAUGAAAAGAAGACUAAUAGAAGAAAAUUGAGCAAAGGGGAAAUAAGUUACAAGGAUAUCAAGAAAGAAGUGGAACAGCAGCAAAAACAACAAGAAGUGAUUAGGAAACGUAAAAGUUCAGCCACAAAUCCUCAGUCCAGACAUUCUGGAGUUAGUAAUUUGCACUCGUUUUUCUCGGAUAUGGUAGAGGAAUUUCGUGAAGAACUAGGAGAGGAAUCUUUGUUGAAGAAACUUAAAAGAAAUAAACAAGAAGAUGUUUGUACAAAGAAAAAAACAUCAUCCAAAAAGAAGGACAAGAUUGCCGUUCAAAAGAAAGUUCAUAAAUCAGUGAAAUCUAGAAAGUCCGAACAGUUGCAUAGACCUAGGAAAAAUAAACCUGUAAAGAAAUCUAGAACAUUUCCAACGUCUGAUUUUUCAUCCUCUUCAUCCCCUGGCUCCAAAAAUGCAGAAAAACUACGUGUUGUGCCCUUUGAAGAGAAAAACGACAACAACAAUAUCCUAUCCGAAUCUGACUUGAAUAUUCGAAAGAGACCAAUAGAAAUUGAAGAAAAAUAUUAUUCCAGACAGAAAGUUACAAAUGAUGGGAAUAAAAUUAAUAUAUUGUCGAAUAUACAAAUAAAUCCUAGAAUAGAUGAUGGAAUACUAUCCCCUAAACGAGCGAGGAUACAACCACAGUGCUAUAUAGCUGAUGAUGCUCAUCGAGAUUUGGAAGGCACUCUAAAGGAUACACAUAUUCCACAGAAUCUCAAUUAUUCGACUUAUUUGAGCCCAAAAGUGUCAAAACCAGCCCCCCUUUGGAAGAGCAUUGCUGUUUUUAAUUGUGAAUUUAUACAAUUGGAGUCUGCCGAUUACCUUGGGAAAUAUUUAGUUUUCUUCUUUUAUCCACUAGAUUUUACCUUUGUCUGCCCAACGGAGAUAAUAGCGUUCAGCGACAGGAUAAAUGACUUCAAAAUAAUAGACACUGAAGUUUUGGCGUGUUCAGUGGAUUCUCACUUUACUCAUUUAGCAUGGACAAAAACACCAAGAAAGGAAGGUGGACUAGGAAAAAUCAAUUUUCCAUUGCUUUCUGAUUUGAAACAUAGCAUAUCAAAGGAAUUUGGGAUGUAUAUGGAAGACUUGGGACAUACACUCAGGGGACUUGUUAUAAUCGAUGCCGAAGGUAUUAUUCGCCAAAUUACCAUAAACGACCUACCCGUUGGUAGCUGUGUGGACGAGACCCUCCGAUUAGUCAAAGCAUUCCAGUACGCCGACAAACAUGAGAAAGCUUGUUGAACUGGAUGUAAUCCUGGAUCAUGCACGAUUAUUGCCAUUCUAGAAAAGAUUCAUUUGAAGAAAUAAUAUGAAUUUUAGAAAUAAUAUAUAUUUAUCGUCAGUUUUAAAAGUGUUCAUUAACUUAUUUUUUCAUACUUGUAUUCGAUACUCAAUAGUUGUAAUUUGUUUGUUGUUAAAAAAAUAUAAAAUUGAAAUUUGCUUAAACUGUUUUGGGUUAAUAUGUAAACCAAAUUAAAAUAAAAUUUUUGAGAUGUU